AUGAGCCGCUUCUGUGCCUCGCAUCUUCCAGACUGGGAGGGCGAACUCGUAUUCGUCACCUCGCGCGAUUGCCGAGACAUCACUCCGGAGGAAGCAUCUGAAUUUAUCCUCGGCUACACAAUUGGUAAUGACCUGUCUUGCCGCUUCUUCCAGCUGCCAGAGCAGUCUGGUGGACAGUUCUUCUACGCGAAGGCUUUUGACAAGUUUGCCCCAAUCGGGCCCGUCCUUGCGAGCCCCAGGACUUUUCUCAAACAGAGGUUGUUCGCUAGCCUUGUCACCCGAGUCAAUGGAGAAGUAAAGCAGGAUACGGUGAUUGAGAAAGAUAUGAUCUUCCCACCUGAGAGAGUUCUCAGCUGGAUGAGCAAGAGCACAACCAUCCCAGCUUAUACAGCAGUCAUGACAGGGACACCAGCGGGGCUCAAGACGUAUCACUCUUAG